CCACCGGCGAAAGAACAAGAAUUUCUCUCGCCUUACUAUUUGUCUUCCGCAGAAAUAAAACUAUAUUCAAUUCCAUGACCGAAUUAAGAGUCACCUGAGCAAAUUGGAGGAAAUUGUGCGUCAUCGGAUGAGAAGUGACACAGAUGUUAUCUGCACGAGGAUAAAAGAUACUGCAGGAUCGCGAACGAAUUUUAUCGGAUGGAAUCUCGUCAAAUUGAUAGAGAAUAGCCGCAACACCCUCCGACCAUACCCGUCGAAAAUUGCGCCACGCCGCAUCGACAUCGUCAUGGCAACCGCAGGAUCUGUUAUUUGUCGCACAAAUACGCACCGAUCAACUGAAGAAGUGUAAGUGAAAACACCGUGAAGAUUAACUGCUGAUUUUUGCGCAUCGCUGCGGACAAGAGGGUUGGUCAGCCGCAGCAUGAAUGACUGUUUGUCAUUGAACGCGGCCGCCAGCCGCGUCGCUCACUUGGCGCGAGAAAAGGAGGAGAAGCGUGCCCAAGAUCGUCGGCGUCACCUUGUUUACCUUAUCGUUGCCUUUUUACGGGAACAAGGAUAUUCUAAUACCGCAGAAACUCUGUUCAAGGAAGCCCAGCUCUCCCGGGACAUUCACGUAUGCGACAAUAUCGAUCUGGAGACUAUCAUUCUUGAGUAUGUCGAUUAUUAUUUUGCCAAGUAUAACAGAUACCCCAAAUUAUGUAAGAAGGCGGAAACAGCCGGGAACACUGCACAAAAUGUCAGUUAUAAGAAAGAGAAAACCUCGAAGGUUUAUAAUUCAAAACAAGAGGAUAGUCGCGUCGCCGCUACCGUUGAGGAAUGUAACAAUGUGGGCAGAAAUAAAAUCGCGCAAAAACAAACCGCUUGCGCGUGGAACGAGCUGGAUUUUGGUCUCGUGGUGACGCCAAUCUUUCCCGCGGCAAGUGGCGAUCGAAUUGCCGUACAAGCGCCCGUGUCUGACGAAACUUUUGCUAAUAAUGAGAGACUACUGAAAUCUACCGGCGAUCUUUAUCCACUCGGCUCCGAGCUAAAAGAAAUCGCCGAUGUUAUAUCACAAGAAAUCGUACAGCAAAACUUGAACGUUCAUUGGAACGACGUAAAGGGACUGACAGAUUGCAAGAUGUUAUUGAAAGAAGCUAUAAUCUACCCUAUAAAAUAUCCGAGCUUAUUUAAAGGAAAGCUCGGUUUCUGCAAGGGUGUGCUGCUAUACGGUCCGCCGGGAACCGGCAAGACGAUGCUCGCGAAAGCGAUUGCUACCGAAUGUCAAUCGACAUUUUUCAACAUCACUUCCAGUUCCCUCAUCAGCAAGUGGAGAGGCGAGUCAGAAAAAUACAUUCGCGUGCUCACCGAUCUUGCCAAACACUACGCGCCUACAAUUAUCUUUAUCGAUGAGAUCGAUUGGACAACCACGAAGAACGCAGACUACGCCUCAUCGAGCUCGGAACCUGCUAGGAGAUUCCGAGCGGAAUUUCUCGCCCGAUUAGACGGAUUACUAUCAAUAGAGAAUACAAAUGUGAUACUGUUAGCAGCCACAAACGUUCCGUGGAACAUAGACAUUGCCUUGUUGAGACGUUUAGAAAAGCGAAUUUUCGUGGACCUACCUGAUGAGUUUAGUCGAUUGGAAAUAUUGCGGUUUUACGUGCAUGACGAUCUGCACGACUCACCAGAAAUGCUGAAACUUGCGCAAGAAACCGCGGGAUAUUCUUGUGCAGAUUUGAAAUUAUUGUGCAAGGAAGCGUGGAUUAAUCAAUUGCGGCCUGUUUGGGCGGGUCUUGAGGCCAGGACAAUUUCUGUGAAGGAUAUUCAAAACGACGGUUUGAUAAGCGCGAUGAAUUAUAUUAUCCUCGCCAAACAUAAUGUAAAACCCAUUGCAAAAUACAUGAGCACGGAAUAUAUGAAGUGGCACAAGGAAUUUGGGUCUUCUAAAUAAAUAGGGGAAGAUCGAGGAAGCUUUGUCGAUUGUAAUUAGAUGUAAACAUUUAUAAUAAUUAAAUCAACAUUUGCAAAAUAGAA